GGUAAUUUUGGUAUUUUAUUAAUAAUUUUUUGAAACUAUAUCAGACAAUUUGUUCCUGGUAGGAUUGUUUAUAAAUCCUGUGUUAACUGAUAACUACAAACAUGUAGAAUAAAGAUAAGUUUUUAAUUUAUAUUAUCAGGUACAAGUACUAGUCGAAAACGUACAUAGAUAUAUUGACGUAUCGUUGUAACCUGUAGGUAUUAGAUAGACAAUAAUAUUUACCUAUAAAAUAUAGUACCUAAUUCGGUAUAUCAGUUGUCUUGGAGACACAUGUCUACUUUUAUCACUACUUCUAUGAAUAAAUGCGUAUAAAUACAACUUGUGUUACUAUGUACAAGUUACUAAGGAAAUAUAAUUGUCGAAAAUAUUGACCAAACUUCUAAAAACUUAAGUAUAAUUUGAUACGAUUGCCUAGGUUUAAUAAUAAUUUAACAACCAUUCAAGUUGUACAGUAGCCAGUCAGAAGGUAUACGAUGGAUAUUAUAUCACAAAACGAAGUUGGUUUUUUCAUUGAUCAUAUUAAAGAAUCAAAAAUUAAUGAGCUUGGAUCGAAAAUAUGGUACGAUAGUCAUGAUCGUUUGCAAAAACUUAACCAACAGGCUACAUUGGAUGCUACUGAAGGUCGAGAAGAAUAUAUCAAGGAUCAACUCAUCAGUUACGGAAAAGUUCCUAUUAUUGUACAUGAAGCAAUUUGUGUAGCGAUAUGGAGAGAGAAAGUACUUCCAGAAGUACUGUGUAUUGCACCAAAUCCUACACAAUCAUUCACAUUAUAUUUUAUCUUGUUUCAUGAAACUGUGGCUGUUGGAUUGCUACAAAAGAUUCUAUUUCACGAGGAAGGUGUUCAGUCACUAGGAAAUUAUGCUUUAGAUCUGUUUGACCAUAUUAUAUUUUCAAUCACCCAUAUAGCCAUUGGAAAUACAAAUAAUUUCCAAAUCUCCUCAAAAACAUGUGAUACGUCGGUAGUGGAUGAAAUAAUUGAACAUAAACAUAGAAUACAAUUUGAAGUGGGAAUUUGUUGUAUUGGCAUAAUGUUUAACAUGUUACUACAUAUAAAAAACUUAUCGUUAUCUGUUACUACAAGAAUGACAACUAAUAAUGAUGUACCAAUGUUAAUAUGUCAAUUAUUAAAUGUAAAACCUUGGAUUAAGUUGGAAAACAAUAAAAAAUAUAUUUUUCAAGAUAAUGCAUGGAAAAUAAUGGACGAAAAAAAUAAUAUUAUACCAAAACAAGAAGCCCAUUUAUGGUUAAGCCUCCACGAAUUUUUCACAUCGGAACAACUACGUAACAGUUAUGAAAUCACUCAAUUUCGGAAAAAAAAUCUUAUGCAGCUACAACAAUUACUCAAUGAUUGCCUUCUGGAUCAAAUUCCCCCAUUGAUACACUUAAAGCAAUGUUUAUAUCAGUUGAGUUUAACAGAAGUUUCAACAAUAUUUAAACGACCUCUUAUAAUAGAAUUAAAUGCAGAAAUUAGGACUACUAUUUUAAAUACUUAUUCAAGACAAUGGAAAAAAAUUGCUAGAACUCAAGUAGCUUAUUUGUUUGGAAAUGAUUCAUGUGAUGUAGCUAAAUCAUUGAGUGAAACAUAUGAACAUAUUGAUCAUUUUGAGACUAAAGAAAAUAUUUGUGCUCAUUGCAGACAACCAGCAAAAAAUAGGUGCUCCAAGUGCAAAAAGCAGUGGUAUUGUAGCCGGAAAUGCCAAGUAACCAAUUGGGAUGAACAUAAAAUCAUCUGUCAGUAAUGUACGAAAUAUAUUUUCUAUGUAUAUAAUAUCUAGGAUAUAUUUUUUAUUCUGU